AUGUCUGUCAAGGCCGCGCCCUCGACGUCGCAUCUUGUCCAGCUGCCCUUGUCACCGUCAAGCUCCUUCGACUCUCGACGACUGCCUCACCUGUCCAAGCUGCUCUCCUACCACGACGUUGCGCACCGCCAUCUCCAGCACCAUCAGCAUCGUCCUCAUCACCACCGCCAGCCUCGACAUCACCUGGGCCUGAGGACGCCUCCAGUCGACGAGAUGAGCACCACGUACCAGCAGGCGCCCGCUGCCUACGACAGCCACGCUCUGCGAUCCUACGCCUCGUCAAUUGCCCACCCCAGGACCUCGACCUCAGCAGCCGUCGGUGCCCACGAUGCCAGGAAUGCCGCUGCGCAGUACUACCGAUAUCCCGCCCAGCAGAGCCAAACCGCCCAGAGUUCCGCCUCGCAGUCGCGCGCCGUCACGCUUCACGGCACCCCCUCGGAUCGCUCGACCAAAUCGGCGACGCCUGCUUCGUCGGUUUCCGCCAAGGAUGCCAUCUCGUCGCGGAGGAGCCCCGAGACGUUGAUCUACCACAGUCUCCAGAUCCCGAGAUGCAUCAGCUCCAACGGCGGCAGCUUGGCAGACUUUGCAGCCCAGAUGACGUGCCUCUUUUGGUUUGAAUCCAUUGACCACCUCAAGAAAGCAGAGACGAUCCGAUCACGGCCAAACAUGCUCACCACUCGACUGGCCCAGCUGGCCAAGCCCAACGAGCAGUUCCGCAAAUGGGUCUACAACGUGCUGUCCACCACCCAGGUUACACAGAACGUGAUUCUGCUCGCGCUGCUCUUCAUCUACAGACUCAAGUUGUCGACGCCGCAGAUCAAGGGCCGAGAGGGCAGCGAGUACCGAUUGCUCACGGUGGCCCUCAUGCUCGGCAACAAAUGUAAGGUUUCCCUCUUUCCCCAUGUCUCUCUCUAUCUCUCCUUCCAGGAGGGGGGGCAUCACGCAAUCCUCGACGACAACACCUACACCAACAAGACGUGGGCCGAGGUGUCGUGCUUCAGCGUCGGCGAGAUUCACGUCAUGGAGGUCGAGUUUCUGAGCAACAUGCGAUACAACCUUCUUGCCUCCAAGGACGAGUGGGAGGAUUGGUUGACCAAGUUGGCGUGCUUCCGCGACUACUACGAGCAGGCGCUCCGAGUUCCAGCGUCACCCCUGGCCGUCUCUCCCUCUUCCAGGAGCUUCCACUCUCCCCUCGUCUCGCCCACCUCGGUCACGCUGCCAGCCGCCGACCCAGCAUUCGCUCCCGCCGCCGUGACGACAUACUCGCCCCCUGUUUCGAGACACGCUCAGAACUGGGCCAUGUACCACGCCAACCCCGUCUCGCCCCUGGCUGCCAGGCCGACCAUGACUCUGCCCGUUUGUCGAAAGCGCAGUCCCGACGCGGAACCCAUCGACCACCCAGCCAAACGAAUCAUGCGCAGAGCCCCAAUGGCCGGAGCGCCCUGGCCCAAGGCCGCCCCGGAGUCGGGCAGGCUUCCCGUGCCGCAUCUCACCAUUGUCACGACGCAGCCUCAAGCCUCGCAGCCGGUUGCUUUCCCAGCGGUAUCGACGACGACGACGACGACUACGACUUCACCAUUGGAUGGAUAUACGUCACCAUCUGCCGCCCACAUCGCAGCAGCCAGCUACACUCCGGCAACCGGCUACACCCCCCAGUCGCCCUACGCCAACCAGAACAUGGUCUCUCUGCCGCCUCUGCAGACCGGCAUGCGUGCCAUGUCCUCCGUCUAUCAGCCAUACCAGCCGUCGGCCGCGCCCGUAGUCUACGAGGCCUACCACCCACCGACAGUCGCCCCGGUAUCGACCACGAGCGUCCCCGCCGCCGGAUUCCCCAGCGCAGCACCGCAGAGCCACCCGUCGAUGGCCUUCACCACGCCCAGCAAGCACCAGCACACGCCGGUGAGCCUCGCCUCUGCCUACACGUCGUCGCCCAUGGCAGAGCCCCUGUUCGGAGCCGCCUCGGGAAUGCAUACGCCCAUUGCCCUGACGCCCAUCUCGCACUCGCCCAGCGUCUACCUGCAGCAGCGGGCCAGUCCCUACAAGCCCAUCCGCCACGUCAACCGGCUGCUCUACCCGCCGCCGUCGGCUUCGCUGGAUCAGUAUCACCUCGCGGUGCCCGUGCCGCCCACGCACAUGCAUUACCAGCCUCUUGGUCGGCGAAACGACUUGCGCACGGGAGUGGUGCCCGAGUUUAUAGUGUACAACCGGGGCCAGCAGUCCCUCUCGCAACACGCACCGCAAGUGCCGUAUGCACCCUAG